AGGAAAGUCAUCAACAUGGGAGCACAGCCCACUUUCUCACUCCCCGCUUUCCCUUUCUCCCUCUACAAAAGGCAGCAAAGCAACCCUCUGUGCUGCAGGACACCCCCAGUUGAGAGAGAAGGAGAGGAAAGUAACGUGGCUUUGCGACGGUACCCGCCAGAAAGAAUGCCAUCAUCAUUAUCAUCAUCAGGAACCAUCAACGGCCCACAGCAUCGCCAACACCACCACCACCACCACCACCAAAACCAACAAUACCACCAUUCCUUCUACCCAACAUCGUCGUCUUCCUCCUCUGCCUCGUUCAAGGGCUGCUGUUGCUGUCUCUUCCUUCUCUUCACCUUCCUCGUCCUCCUCGUCGUCGCUGUGGUUCUUGUUAUUGUGCUUGCCGUGAAGCCAAAGAAGCCCCAAUUCGACCUCCAGCAGGUUGGAGUCCAGUUCAUGGGUAUCACUACACCCAAUCCCGCCUCCUUGGACCCCAGCGGCAAUCCUACUACAACCUCCGCUUCUCUCACCCUCACAAUUCACAUGCUAUUCACGGCAGUUAAUCCUAAUAAAGUUGGGAUCAAGUACGACGAGUCCAGGUUCACCGUCAUGUACAGGGGGAUUCCGCUCGGGAAGGCAUCGGUGCCCGGAUUCUACCAGGAGGCACACAGCCAGCGGCAGGUGGAUGCCACCAUUGUUGUGGAUCGCGUGAACCUGAUGCAGGCGGACGCGGCGGACUUGGUUAGGGACGCGUCGUUGAACGACCGCGUGGAGCUUCGGGUUCUGGGUGAUGUUGGCGCCAAGAUCCGUGUCAUGAACUUCGAUUCCCCUGGCGUUCAGGUAUCAGUGGAUUGUGCAAUAGUGAUUAGUCCAAAGCAGCAGUCUCUUACAUCCAAGCAAUGUGGAUUCGAUGGCUUGAGAGUCUGAUGACAACAGACUCACAAUACACAGUCCAAAACCAAAUUCGUUCUCCCUCUCUUCUGCAAGAUAGAUAAGUGUAAAAAAAAAAAAAAAAAGAGAGAGGCAAAAGAGAGAGGUAGAAAAAUUGUCAGCUCACAUCAUGAAUGGCGUACUCUUAAAAAAGGCAAAGCUACCUGAGGUGAAAGAUUGGAAUGGGAUGGAAUGUCAAAUAUGUUGUCCCAAAGUUUUGUUAAUUUUUGUAUGAGAGGCAAAGUAAUGGAGUCUAUAAUUUGAUA